GACGGACGAGCUGCAGGCGCAGGAACCUGCUCAGUUUGGUGCAGCAUGACGAUGAAGCUGUUGCCAGUUCUGCUGGUUAUUUUUCUUCCAAUAUACAGUCAAGAAACUGCAGGUAAACACUUGCUUCGCUUUUUGACCUUCUGUCAGAAGGAUGAGCAGGGGGACGGCCAGUAUGAUAUCGAAUUUGACGGCGAUCAGCUCCUCUACGUUGACCCUGUCACCUAUCAGGCCUUCCCACGUCUACCUGAGUUUGUAGAGCAGUGGAGCCUUGAUCUUGGACUGGCCCAAGACGCAUAUGUGUCCCUGGGUACCUGCCAGUACAACAUCCCACGUGCCACAAAGGGAGAAAAUAAUCCACCAGAGGUCAUAGUCAGUCCCACUUCCCUGAUCUUCCCCAAGCAGAAGCUGGAGCUCGGGGUCCCAAACACUCUCAUCUGCUUUGUGAACGACUUCCAUCCGGCACUAGUCAGGAUCGUCUGGACCUGGAACGAUCAGCCGGUGGACCAGAGUGAGGUCAGCCAGACCGACUACUACUCCAACAGCGACUUCAGCUUCCGCCUCUCAUCCUACCUGAACUUCACUCCGCAGCAGGGCGACAUCUACUCCUGCAGCGUGGACCACAUCAGCCUGCGGAUGCCUCUCACCAAGUUCCUGGAGGUUCAGCUACAAACAGACCGGCAGGUAGAGACAGCAGUGUGUGUUUGUGGUGUGAUGCUGGGGCUGAUAGGAGUUAUCACAGGACUCUGGUUGAUCAUGAAAGCCAACAAGUCCUGUCAGGCGCAACACACAUCAAGACAAACACCUGAAUCUCUGUGACACACAUGUGAUCAGCGUUUUUUUCCCCUUGUGUUUUUCCUCUGGGAGUGACAUGGAGAGAGAUUUCUUUUUGUCCCCAUGUUUGCACCUGCAAUGUUUUCUGUCUGUUUUUUAGCAUUUCUGCAACAACACCAACCUAAGCUAAAAAAAAAAGCUUGACGUUUUGGCAAAUACGCUUUUGCUUUCUGGCAGAGAGUUAGAUGAGAGUAUUAAUCCUCUCAUGUCUGUACUGUAAAUAUAAGGCUUCAGCAAGGAGAUGGUUAGCUUAGCUUCGCACAAAGACUGGAAACAGGGGGAAACAGCUAGCCUGCCGAUGUGUUCCACCUUCUGUUCCAGCACGACUAUUCUUGCACAUAACCCCCCAUAAAACAGCAAAUUGUUGUUUUCAUGCUUCUGUUUUUGUUUGGGUUAAA